AUGUAUGCUGACAUUAGCAAACCUCCUGCGCCGCUGCCUUCAGGACAGCUUCAGAAAUUGGAGUUGGGCAUCUCGCUGCAGCCGCCGCUUACGAGACGUGGAUUGGGCCCUGGCCUCAUUCUUCUCACGACUGCACACGAGUAUGACGAAGACAGGACGCAUUGGGACGAUGCGCCGACUCCAGUGAUUAAAUGGGCGGAGGAGGGAUACGCGGUGGUUCAGAUUUCUGCUGCCGCGAUUGAGUCGCUCGGUGCUGAGGAAGCCUUUUCUGUGGCUAUUGCCGCUCUGGGCAGCUGCGACGCUUGUCAGCCAAAGGACAAGAUUGGUUUGGUGUGCUUUCGCUCGUCCUUGUGGAAUACAGCUGUACCGGGUCUGGGCAGCUUUCCCAGCAUCUCCGCAGCCGUCAUCUACAUGGAUGAGCAAAAUUCGGCGGACCUCUUAUCAGCCGCAGUACCAUCGCUAAAGCACAUUGUUGGAAGUGCUGCAAAGCCUAGCCUAGGAGCUGGUUCCAAGGAAUAUCGCUAUCCCGACAUCAAGGGAAGCCGGUGGUUCAGCCCCGGCCACCCCGACUUUGACUACCGGUCAGACUCCAUCGCGCACACGAGAAACUUGCAGUUUUUAAAGCCAAAGAUGGACGGACCCUAUUUUGACCUGGAAAGUAUCUGGGAAGAGCACACGUACUAUGAAUUUGCCGACCGCUCAGUAGAGCACACCAUGAGCACAAUGGUGCAGGAGCCAUACGUCAAUGAUAUCCCGACUUUGACUGGUGGCAUUGGAAGACUCAAGCUCACAGACUUUUACCGAAACAACUUCAUUUUCAACAAUUCGGCUGACGCGAGCCUCGAGCUUGUAAGCCGGACCCUUGGCAUCGACCGCGUGAUUGACGAAUUCAUCUUUAAAUUCACGCAUGACCGCGAAAUCGACUGGCUGCUGUACCACGAGCACAUUUCUUGGGAUCAGGGCACGACGCUGCGCCAGCUCGGCCUCAUGCCCGAGUACCUGCCCUUCCCGUACCCCGUGGCAGGCGUGCCGGACAAUGCCUCCGUAGAAUACCGAGUUCCGGUGCUCGGGACGGAGACGGCGGAAAAGCUACGAGAUCGCAACGCGGUGGCUUCCAACGAAAUGUUUCAGUUCAGUGUUCGUAUCAAUAACGAGUAG